CCGCGCGAGCGGGUGUCGUCACGGAGCGAGCGAGCGUCGCCGUCGCAGCGCGAGUGUCGACCGCCGCCGGCGAGUCAUGGACGUUGCAUGAGCGGGCGCGAGAGCGACCGCUGGAGCCGACGGGCACGCCGGUCGUGGAUCGCGCGCCGUGGGCCCCGGGCGGCGCGGGCAUGCGCUUCGAGGGCGCAGAGCGGCGCGACGCCGUCGCCUUCCACCCGCUGCUGGCGCCGCGCCCGAGCGACUUCUCGGUGUCGGCGCUGCUGACGGCCGGCGCGCUGCCGCCGCCCCCGUACCUGCCCGCGGCGCUGGCCGCUGCUGCCGCGCUGUCCGCGCCCUGUCCGCUGCUGAAGCCGCCGCCACCGCCGUACGCGCCGCUGCCCCCCGACGACGACGGCGUCGUCGACGACCCCAAAGUCACGCUCGAGGGCAAGGACCUCUGGGAGAAGUUCCACAAGCUGGGCACCGAGAUGGUGAUCACCAAAAGCGGCAGACGUAUGUUUCCUGCCUACAAAGUUCGCGUUUCUGGUCUUGAUAAAAAAGCAAAGUACAUUUUGCUAAUGGACAUCGUAGCUGCCGACGAGAGCAGAUACAAAUUUCACAACAGCCGAUGGAUGGUUGCGGGGAAGGCGGACCCUGAGAUGCCCAAGAGGAUGUACAUCCACCCGGACUCCCCCUCCACGGGGGAACAGUGGAUGCAGAAGGUGGUCUCCUUCCACAAACUCAAGCUGACCAACAACAUCAGCGAUAAACACGGAUUCGAGUUCAUCUAUAGCCAAAGCCAAAGGAUGUUGUCCAAGUUGCUGUGGCCCAAUUCAUCGCCUAGUGCACCAAGAGACCCCCACUCAGACCAUUUGUGUGUCACGCAGACGAUCCUGAACUCCAUGCACAAGUACCAGCCCCGGUUCCACCUGGUGCGGGCCAACGACAUCCUCAAGCUGCCCUACUCCACCUUCAGAACGUACGUCUUCAAGGAGACGGAGUUCAUCGCGGUCACGGCGUACCAGAAUGAGAAGAUAACGCAACUGAAAAUCGACAACAAUCCCUUCGCGAAAGGGUUCAGAGACACGGGGGCGGGGAAGAGAGAAAAGAAUCUGUCGGUGUAUCGCAGGCAGGCGCUGCUGACGGCGCGCGCCGACCGCGACGACGACGAUGAGCGGCCGCUGGACGUGGGAGGCCCCUCCAGCCCGCCCCCGCCAACCACCACGCACUCCAGCUCAUGGUUCAGCUCGAGCGGCGGCGGCGGAGACUCCGGGCCGGACGAGGCCGGCUCGGACUCGUCGUGCUCGGGCGGCGCGCGGGCCCCGUCACCCCCCGCCGGCCCGUCGCGGCCGUCCCCCCACUCCCCCGCGCCCGAUGUGUCCCUCGGCCCCCCCGUCCAGCCGCCCCUCCUGCCCUACCUGUACCCCCCCUCGCUGUAUCCCCCGCCGUUCUUCCCCCCGCACCAGAUGCCGCCGGGGCUGCUAUUCAACCUGCACCCGCUGCUGCAGCAGUACUCGCUGCCGCCGCCGCCCGCGCCCCCCGCGCCGGCUCCCGCGCUGGGCAAGGCGCACCGGUUCGCGCCGUACGCGCUGCCCGGCCUGGGCUCGGCGUUCGAGCAGGUGGCGCCGCGCGCGCGGAGUCUCAGCUCGUCGCCGGCGCGGGUGCGCGCGGGCUCGCCGCCGACGCGCGCGGCGUCCGCCGACCCGCCGCCCGACGGCGUCACCCCCGCCGGGCCCGUCACCCCCGCCGCGCCCGCCGCGCCCCGCGCCUCCGACCUCAAGAGCAUCGAGCGCAUGGUGAACGGGCUGGACGUUGAGACGCAGGACUGACUCGAGUGUACAUAGAAUGUAUUUAUGUGUCCCGGUGGGGCGUCGUUUUGUAUCGUUCCUAUUUCGUUUUCGUCUCUCGUUCUUUCGGGUUUUCGUACCGUGUACAUAGUUAAGCUUCCUAGAUGGCCGUUUAGAAGUUUUUUCGAUGUUUUUAUAUGACCUGCAUGUGGCCGGAUCUCGGCUAGAUUCGACGAUGUUACAGUACAAAAUUUUAUAAUUACGAGGCGUUGUUUAACGUCGCGAUAGGAGUUUGUAAAGUGCAAGGGGACGGUGGUCAACGAUGGGCCACCAAGAAAUUAAUCGAUAAAUAAUUGUAAAUGUUUUGUUAACAUCUCGUAGUCCCUGAAUAUAUUUUAGGCGUAUGAAUUGUUAAAUUAUUAUUAUUGUUUGUUGAAAGUAUCACCGCCAUAUGGGGUCAUGUUCUAACACGUAGUGAGUCACAAUAGUUUUCACAUUAGCUACCUACUCCACUGCAAUAGACAUAAGAUUAGUCAAGAUGUAACGGCGUGAGCUUCUGGGAUAUUGGAUUUUUCAAAAUACACCAGCUGUACUUUAAAGAAUUGCCUGCAUUAUAGCUUGUACAAAGAUUAUAAUAUAAGAACAGCUGUAAACCGGUGUUUGUACAACUAAUCUUAUAAUCUACUUUUUGAUUAGAAAAUAAUUUAAAAUCGCAAGCAUAGCCACAAGACCAAAAAUUGUCAUUGAAAUAGUAUUUAAAAAACGCUAAGUGAUUUUAACGUUAUUUUGCAAGUUGCAAUUGUAUGAUUUGUCACCAAAUCUAAAGCUCACGUCGUUGUUAGAAUUCGUUUUAUUUCCCACUAUAUUAGAGUAAAUUGACGACGUUGCUUUAUUUUGUAAAUACAAUCAUAAGGUAUAUUAUUUACAUGUUUAAAUAGACAUAUUUUUAAAAUAUGUUUUGUCAAUUGUGCUGUGAGAAGAGUGCGCUUAGUUGUUCAUUAGAUUGUUCGGUAUUAUGUUGGGAACUUAUGUUUAUAACAAAUCAUGAAAAAAUUAAAAUCACAUAAUAUUUUGAAUCAUUGUUGAUUGUACUUCUAUCACGUGAGUAAACUGUUAUAGAGCAAGUCUAGUCCCUUAGAACUACUUGUAAGAAAAUUUCAAAAUUAAAAUCAGCAUAAAAUUUC